GCGGGGACCGCAGGAAGCCGCUGGAUCGCUGCUAUCUCAUCCCCGGAGUGUCGGGCAGAAAACAGUGUCUGCACCGGGUGCAAAGGGACCGCCCGGAAAGUUGAGGUUAAAGAUCCCGUUUCUGACCCGAAGAACUGUUAUUUUCGGGAAGUGAAGUUGGUUUCUCGGGUCUGCCGGAGCCUGGAUUUUCAUUGGCGUGCCCUGUGCACUCUCAUCCGGCUCUCCUAGUUGGCCAUUUGGCGUCGUCAGAAGUUUGGAAGCGCACUUAAUGGAAACUAAAAUUCGCCCUGGAGAGAGAGGGAAAUUUGCCUGCUUGUACAAUGAAGACAGAAACCUGCUUCGAAUCAGAGAGAAGGAAAGGCGCAACCAAGAGGCCCACCAGGAGAAAGAGGCGUUUCCUGAGAAGGCUCCACUGUUUGCAGAGCCCUACAAGACCGCGAAAGGCGAUGAGCUGUCGAGUCGCAUACAGACCAUGCUAGGUGACUAUGAAGAGAUGAAGGAGUUCCUAAGCAGCAAGUCCCACCCUCACCGCCUGGACGGCUCUGAGGACAGGCCGGGGAAGCCCAGAUACCCCUCGUGUCACGACCGGGGGAGCGGUGCAUCCGGCUCCUUCCGCACACAUGUCUACCACCAGCCUACCCACACUUCUGCUCCCGGAUCACUUUCUGUCAGCAACGUCAGCCAAAGUCCAAAGAUGGCACAGCCCAGGAUGGAGCCGGUGCCAAGUCUCCAUGCCAAAAUCUACGGAGCGCCCGAUGGCCCCCGUCCGGCUCAAGAUCGCCUCAGUCAGGGGCAUUGUUCCAGAAAGUGUGACCGAAGAGCCGAGGGAGACUCGGAGAGGAAGCUCUCGCCCUUCAUCUCCUCCUUGCCGUCCCCCGUGCCCCCACUCUCACCUGCACAUUCCAGGCCGCAGGCAACCAGCAAGGCUCACGGCAGCGGAACUGGCACUCAGAGCUGCUAUGCCUCCAAGCCUUCCAAGGACCCGGUGGUGACGGCCCAAGAGAAGGAGACUCCUCUCGACAGUCUGGUGGCAGUUACCAGCCUUGGAGCAGCCCCUCCUCAGCCACCUUGCCAAACAUUUCCACCACCUCCCCUCCCCUCAAAAAGCAUCGCAAUGCAGCAGAAGCCCACAGCGUACGUCCGUCCCAUGGACGGUCAGGACCAGGCUCCUAGCGAGUCCCCUGAGCUGAAGCCGCCGCUGGAGGACUUUGGUCAGCAAAGCUUUGAGAAACCGGACCUUAAAGUGCCUGCCAAAGCCAAGCUCACUAGACUAAGGAUGCCCUCGCAGACGGUAGAGCAGCCGUACUCCAAUGAAGUCCACUGUGUUGAAGAGAUUCUGAAGGAAAUGACCCACUCGUGGCCGUCUCCUCUGACUGCCAUACACACACCCAGUACAGCCGAGCCGUCCAGAUUUCCUUUCCCUACAAAGGAUCCUCUGCACAUCAGUUCUGCAACCCAAAGCCAAAAACAAUACGAUGCACCUUCAAAAACCCACCCCAACCCCCAGCAAGGAACAUCCAUGCUCGAGGAUGACCUGCAGCUCAGUGACAGUGAGGAAAGCGACGUGGAGCAAGCCGUGGAGAAGCCUCCGUCCCCACCUGCACCUCCAAGUGCUCCGCAGACGAUUCCCGAGCCCGUGGCCUCAGCACAUUCCAGUAGUGCAGAGUCAGAGAGCAGCGAGUCAGACAGUUCCUCCGACUCUGAGAGCGAGAGCAGCUCCAGCGACAGUGAGGAGAACGAGCCCCUGGAAACACAGGCUCCCGAGCCUGAGCCUCCGACAACAAACAAAUGGCAGCUGGACAACUGGUUGACCAAAGUCAACCAACCAUCAGUGCCCCUAGAGAGCCGGGGGAGCACAGAGUCUCCACGAUGUCGCCAGGAAAGUAAGGGUGGUGGUGAGGGCGGCAGUGACCAGCAGCAUCCUGAUUCCAAAGACCCUCCCCUGAAGAGUUCCAGCAAAGCUCUCCGGGGUCCCUCUGAGGGGCCGCAGCCUGGGAAGAGGAACUGUCCGAAGUCCCCUGCUCAACAGGAAACCCCCCCACCUCGGCAAACUGUGGGCAGUAAACAACCCAGAAAACCCACCAAGGGCUCCACCCAGGCAGAGCAGCCCCAGGCCAGCUCUCGAGUGGAGGGCGAAGCAGGACCCGUAGCCUAUGGCUCAAAGGAGCAGACAUCCAAAGACAAACCCAAGGUGAAGACGAAAGGCAGGCCCCGUGCUGUGGGCAGUCGGGAGCCCAAAUCUGAGGUCCCCGUACCUGUGCCUCAGGCAGCUGUGCCCAAGCCGCAGCCACCUGCGCCCACCCCCAUCGAGAAGAGGAAACAUAAGAGUUCCACAGCCCCCUCCAAGGCACUCUCAGGCCCUCAGCCAACCAAGGACAGUGCUGGGGACAGGAACCAGGAGCACCCUGCCCUUGUCUCCUUGACUCAGAGCCAGGGUCAACCCAACAGCGGCAGGGGCAGCGGUGGUGGCAGGACUAGUGGUUGCCGGCAGGCCGUGAUCACCCAGGAGGACAGCUGUAGAGACAAGCUCCUGUUGCCUUUGAGAGACACCAAACUGCUCUCGCCGCUCAGGGACUCUCCACCACCGACAAGCUUGGUGGUGAAGAUAACCUUAGACCUUCUCACGAGGGUUCCGCAGCCACCGGGGAAGGGGGGCCGCCCCAGGAAGUCAGAGCACAAGCAGCUGCCAGCAGGGAAGAAGCAGGACUUGGAGGCAAGGGGCUGUGACAGUUCCAGCCGAGUCACCAAGAAGAGAAAGGCUGAACCGGAGAAAGAGCACAGUCACAAGAGGCUCCGACUGGAUAAGUCGCAGACGUCCUCAUCCUCGUCUUCCCACGCAGAGUCUUCCAAGUCAAAGACACCCAGGCCCUCCUCAGAGUGCUCAAGAAAGGAAAUGCUUCCUCCUCCGCCGGUGGUGCCCUCAUCCUCGUCGUCUUCCUCGUCUUCCCAGAAGCCAAGCAAACCUGCACACAAGAGGCCCAGGCCAGAUGCAGACAUCGGUAGCCAGGACCCUCCCAGAAGUUCUGGCAGCACGAAGAGCAGCUGUACAGACUCUUCAGUUCCGAAGCACAGAAAAGUACAGGCCCGGGACUCUGAACACAAAGGAUCUUCUGGAGAUGCUGCGAAUCCUUUUCCAGUGCCUUCUUUGCCAAAUGGUAACUCUAAGCCAGGAAAGCCACAGGUGAAAUCUGACAGACAACAAGCUGACUUUCACAUGAAGGAGGCUAAAAAGCUGAAGUGCAAGGCGGAGGCAAUGGUGGACAAGGCUGGAAAAGCCUUCAAGUAUUUGGAAGCCGUCCUGUCUUUUAUUGAGUGUGGAAUGGCCACCGAGUCAGAGAGUUCAGCGAAGUCAGCGUACACCGUGUACUCAGAAACCGUAGACCUCAUUAAGUUCGUGAUGUCGCUUAAAUCCUUCUCAGAUAACACAGUGCCAGCACAAGAGAAGAUAUUUGCUGUCUUAUGCUUGCGUUGCCAGUCCCUUUUGAACAUGGCGAUGUUCCGAUGUAAAAAGGACACGGUGAUGAAGUAUUCCCGUACCCUUAGCGAGCACUUCAGGAGUACCUCCAAAGUGGCCCAGGCACCUUCUCCAUGCGUGGCAAGAAGCACAGGCGUUCCGUCCCCCGUCUCCCCAAUGCCUUCUCCUGCCAGCUCUGCUGGAUCCCAGACGAGUGCUGGCAGCAGUAUGGGGGCCAUGGGGGCGACGGCCACCGUCAGCACCCCGGUCACCAUCCAGAACAUGACCUCCUCUUAUGUCACCAUCACAUCCCAUGUCCUUAAGGCCUUUACCCUUUGGGAACAGGCAGAGGCCCUCACAAGGAAGAACAAAGAAUUCUUUGCUCAGCUCAGCACAAAAGUGCGCGUGUUGGCCCUCAACAGCAGCCUGGUGGACCUGGUGCACUACACAAGGCAGGGCCUCCAGCGGCUGAGACAAGCACCCCAAACCCCGCUAAUGUAGGCUGGGCCUACUCGAUGCCUUGUGCCUCUCUGCACAGUUGGAAGCCGUGAUCCACUGUAGACAAUUGUCAGAUGGGGAUGUCAGUACUCGAGAAGAGGAGCGCCGUGAGGCCGUGAGACGACCAGGAUGCUCGACCACUUCAACUCACAGGAGCUGUGUGGUCAUUGGCCGGACACUGGUCAGCUCAGCAGUUGCUGGAAAAUGAUCUUGCCUUUCCAAAGGGAAGGACACAAGUGCAAUGGAGUCCAGCUGGCGUACGAAUUGGUCCAGAAACAUUUCUGGGUUUUGUUUUUUUUUUCUGUUUGUCUGAACAAGAGGAUAAAAAUUGCAAACAAGAGGAAGAGAACGUCUCAGAAGCCACCCUUGUUCACUUCCGGAAGGAGUUUUUUUUUUUUUUUCCGGAGCUGGGGACCGAACCCAGGGCCUUGCGCUCCCUAGGCAAGCGCUUUUUUUUUUUUUAAUAAUAAUUUUUGGUGAAGGGCUUUAUGAUUUUGUUCUCUUCUCAAGUUUUAAAGGAAACGUUGCUUAAUACAUUCUAAUGGCCAUCUGUGGAACACAAGUUGCGGAGGACUCCACCGCACCUCACUUCCUGCAGGGAAGGGGCUCUGAUGACCGAGUACUGUCAUUUACAAAAUCUAAGGUGACACCCACCGUACCCCAGUGCCUAGAGUGCUGCACAUUGUCUAGCUCAGGCCUCUCUGGCUAUACUGAGAAGCAUCCCCCGUCGGCCCUAGAGGAGUGGAAGCAGUUACAUCCGGGUUCUUUCUCACAGUCUUCCUCACAUCCCCAGAGGCCUCACUCUUCCUCCUGCCGCACUCCACGAAAAACCUUGGGCAAACACGGGAGCCAUGUUGGCCUUGGGCCGGAGGCAGAUAUGCACUGUCUGCUGGGUACUGACAGGGCUGUGGCUACUCCAUGUCUCAGUGAGCAGAAGUAUAAAGUCUUCCUAGAGAGGUUGUAUUUUUCUCCUACCAAGUAUUUUAUAUUUAUAGCAAAACUCAACUUUCCAAGACCCUUGACUAUCCAGGGGACGUUAGCUCCUUGAGAGGAUGUGGAGAUUGGGGGACUUGGGGGGUGGGGGUUAGAUUCAACUUUAAAACUCCCCACUGUCAUACACCUUCACUCCAGGCCAUCUUCUCAGGUACUCUGACUUGAUGAGGUUGGAGAGGAUCUGUGUCCUUCCCCGGGCUACGCCCCGCCCACAUUAGACCAGGUUCACCUGGGUGGGAGGUGAGGGACACACUCAGAAUUCACACCCGCCCGCAAACACAGGCCUUUCCUUGAGGCUUCAAGGUUAUUACUGGAAUACUCUCUGAGGGCAGUGUUCUUUCAAAAGCCCAUUCUUUUUUUAUCUCUUCUAGAUAGUAGGAUUUGCACAUGCGUUUCCGUGGAGGUACCUGUGUGUGGCCCGGCCUCUGCCUCUGCCUCCUGUCGGCCACGCUUGUGUGAGUGCAUUUGGAAAUCAGUGGAGACCUAUCUUUCCUCGGUGACGAUGUCUAUGGUCCCUGUGGUAACAUUAGGACCUUCUUGGUACCUUGGUAAAUCCACACAGGGUCUCUAGGUGGGUGCAAUACCUGGCUUUUCAGGACAGAGCGUCUCAGCCUUUUAUCCUGGUAUGAAUAGAGUCAGAAAAUGGCCACCGUGUGCAUAUCUGAGCAGAGACCAAGACUGUGAUCCAACUAAGCAGUUUUCUUUACUGAUGUCCUGAAGCAGAGCCAUGUUGUCAACCAGAGUCGAAGUAUAUGGCAGGUCAUUCCCAGCACUGUGUCACCUCUUCAGCAGAGCUAGGCUUGUGGGCUUGUCAGGAUCCUUUCCCUCUCCCACAGCUGUCUGUCCCUUGCUGCCUGUCGGUUGUUAAAACGGCUCUGUCCCUUAGGGACAGGUUCUGCUCUGUGGACAUUUUGCCAGAGCAGUGUGUGUCCUGCCAGCAGGCCACUGUGCCCCUUGCCUGGACACAUUCAGUCAGUGCAGGAAGAACGGGCUGUCUUGGUCUACGUCUGGGUUUGUUUUCUCCUCAGCUCUUGAUACUACAGUUUCCUUUGUACCUUGAAAACCAACGAAGUUGGACAGGAUCCGUUUCUGCCAGUCUGGUCUGUAGCUGUUGGCAUUGCUGCUUUUCCCACAACACUGUACCUAGAGAGUGUGAGCUUGUCUGCCUCCUUCAGAGCGAAAGCCCGGGACUGUUCAGCAACUGUUACUGCUCAGUGUGAGCCCCAAGGACUCAAACUUCACACCAUCUGCACCCUUCGCCAUGUGCUCACAGUUCCCAGAGGUGGAUUUUUUUCCCCCCUGAGGUGAUUAUUUUGGGAGGACCAUAAAAUCAGCCCUUUGGAUAUGGGAUGCUCUUGUAACUGUGGGAGAGCACCCACGUUGUGGGCAGGCAGUAUUUAUGAGGGAGUCUUGCCAUGGCCAUUUACAAAGGCCGUGUGGCCCGUCUGUCUGUGGUAACAGAGUAGAGGAACACACUUUUUGCCCCUGAGUGCUGAGUGUUUUCUCUUUUGGAAAGAAUUAGAUCACAUAAAGGCCCUGUUAGAUGCCACUAGAGUGGGUGGCCUUUGGUUAAGGUGCUGAGACGAGAUGGCAGGCGGAAGGGAGCAGCAGGAGGGCCCAGCAAGUGCUCAUCAGCGGUCCCUUACAAAGUGACACUUAUUUUGUAGAUGUUUUGGCAAAUGUCAGUCUAUUCCCUGGGCCACCACCACCUGCCCGUCUGCAGGAAGUUUUGAACAGACUCUUCCCCAUCUUGAUUGAAAAUGUGCCUCCGUGUGUUGGUGUUAGGGACAGCGCCUGGGUCCUACGAUUCCUGUUUGGUAACUUCUGAAAGGAUUCGUGCUCCUGAGCUGUGGUCUCUGGUGCAGAGGACGAGAGAUUCGGCCUGGUGUAUUUGCGCCUUUGCUGACCAAAACAUAAUUUCUCCAGCAAUGCCGUUUGCUUUGCCGUGGCUUUGAGUGGGUGGCUUCGCAGGUCUUACGUUUACUUUCCUGCUUUGUGGAGUUUGAGGUGAGUUGGGCUUAAAUAUGAUUUAAGGUCUUUCCGUGCCUCCUACAGAUUCUCCUCUUCUUAAUGAUUUUCCCCAACACUACAAAAUGUCUUUGAAAAUUUACCACUUUGUCUGUUACACUCUUUCACCGCGGGUUAGAAGUAUUUAAAUCUCCUCAGAACAUUUUGGGGCUCCUUUCUGAAACACAGAAGUGUAGAUUUUUCUCAUUGGAGAACACAAGCUAUUGCUUUGCAGCUAUGGGGACGGGAGGGUCCGUUUUGAUGCCCCCCCCCCCCCUCUCUCCUGGUCUUGGCUCAUUUGGAAAUACCGGGCGAGAGGGCGUUUUCUGUGGAAGGGAAGUGUAAGGACCGAGGGGCCUGGUGUUGGGAUUCUGGUGUUUUCUGCCAGGCCAUCCUCCGUAUGCAGUCCAGUUAUGGUUUCCCCGACUGAGAACAGCUGCCUGUGUCCACGCUCUUUCUGAUGUGCUGACAAGCACCACCUACCACAUUUCCUCAGGCGGGUGUAAAUCUCCCGGUUCCUUGAGGGUGAGUCACACUCUGUUCUGUUCCGCUGUGCAUCAGACAUCAGCUGUUACUGUGAUGGGCAGAGAAGUGCCUCUUUCCCUACCUACGAGGGAGCCAGAGGACAGGAAGCCUAGGGCUCUCUGCAAACCUGUGUAUUGCUUACAUCUGUCCAUAGGACACAGGAAUGAGGCCAGCGGUGGGCAAACAGAGCUGCGCUGUUGGGCCGGGCGGUGGCUGACCUAAGGAAGGUGAACUUGCUUCGCUUAGGUGUUUUAGCGAUGCUCAAUACAGGCAGUAUUAAGUUUGCCUUUUGUUCAGGCCAUGACAUGUAUUGCUAAGAACACUGCACAUCCUCACGGUAUCACGUACACACUGUUCAUGGCAGAGUGUGUGCGUGUGUGUACACGUGUGUCCCGGAUUUAAUUUUUUUUCUGAAUGUGAUCGUGUUUUGGAUAAUACCUGAGCAGGGUUGCCUUUUUUUUUUAUUUAUUACCAUUAUAUAUUAUAUUAUAUAUUAUAUAUUUUCUUUCUUACAAUGUUAGAAGAAAGUCAUACCUUGGUAUUAAAAUUGCUUUAAAAAGGAAUACGUUGUCAAGGUGAUAAUGAAAGUCACUGGUCUGCCUUUGUCUUUGAUUACCAUGGAAUAAUGUGCCGGCUAUGAUCAGUGGUUGUGUGUGCAGGCUGGGGAGGCAACUGUGCUCCCAGCAAAGAUGUGUGACACAAACCAGGGGAACACCACAGAUUUAAAAUCGGCUUCAGCAAUGGAACUGCAAACUUGGGGCUUCGGUCAACAGGAUUUAUCUGCCUUGUGGAAUACACUCUGAAAGGGGCAGACAUGACCUGUGAGGUCUUUUAAAGGAAAUCUGCAAACGAUCUUUCCAAAGAUAAUGUGCCACAGAUCUUUUGCUUUUCUCUGUAACAAGGACUGAGUGCUGUCUUCGACAAAUGUAACUGACUUUUCAUCUUCAGCCUUUCCUUUCCACGAGAUCAAACUGUAGACAAAAGAGAUAUUUAAUAAAAAUUUAGAGAAAUCA